ACAGAAAGCACCACCACUACUGAACAGCCAAGUACAAACACCAAGACAGUUUCAACUGCAUCUGCGCAACCAACUACAGAAGCCGAUGAGGACUGUAGCUGGGUAGAUUCACACGGGUGUCCUAUGUUCAGCAGUGUUACCAUGGUGUUCGCUUUCUUUCUUCUUCGUAUAGCUAUGAUAUAAAAUAUCAAACAUCGUGAACUUAAAACAUAACAAUUAGAACAAACUACUACCAAACAAAAUAUACCGCAGUAAAUUUGACGUUUUUGACCUGCACUUAUUUAUACCUAUAUCAGUGUAGUUAUAUCACUAAAAAAAGAGUAGAAAGUCAUGUGUAUGAAAAAAAAAACAAUGUACGAUAUAAGAAAAUCACCUUUUUAACUCCAGCUAACGUCAAUUGAUUUGAUAGAUUCAUUUCAUAAUAUUUGCGUCUGCAGYGACAAACAAUUUGAUUUAUCUACAAAUACGCCGCCGAAACCUGCUACUGCACGGCAGAUCUGAGUUUUUCGUCGAUCUUGGCGAACUGAAAGUAUUGAUGGUUAAAAUGAAUGGCUUACAUUGUAGCGUCUAAGUUUGUGUUUAUGAUAACUUAAUUGGAGUUGAUUGACUUAUAUUCUAACAUAUAAUGAAAUCAAUAAAUAUGUCUUUAAAUCCAAUUGAUCAAGCGAAAUAAAAACAAAAUUGCACGUGAUUA